GGUGAGGCUUCGUCGGAGCCGCCAUCGCCUCCCAAGGCCGCCGCCGCCUUCGAUCUGCUGGACCUGGUGCGGAGCUACCGGCGGCUGGAGCUGUACCUGGAGCCGCUGCGGGAUGCGGCUGACGGUGUGCGCUCUCUCCUCCGGUGGCAGCGGCCCUUGUGCUCUCUGCUCGUCUGCCUCGGCCUCAACUUCCUGCUCCUCACCCUCGACCAAGCCGCCUGGUACUCAGUGCUGGCCCUGCUCGUCCUGCUGCCGGCCCUGCUGGGCUACCUGCAGGAGACGUGCCGCGUCCGGCCCUCGGAGCGGGAGCUGCUGCGCAGGAAGUACCACAGCGUGCGCCGUGAGGACCUGCGCAAAGUGCAGCUCUCACGCCAGGAGGCCCUCGCCCAGGUCAAGUGCUUCCUGAUCCAGCUGGAGGGGUUCCUGAGCGGGCUGUGUUACAGCUGUGAGGCAGUGUACCGAGUGCUGUACUGGGAGAACCCUACUGUCUCUUCCCAGUUUUACGGAGCGCUGCUGGGCUCUGUCUGCAUCCUUUAUCUGCUGCCGCUCUGUUGGGUCAUGGCCAUCCUCAACAGCACUCUCUUCCUGGGCAACAGCCAGUUCUACCAAGUGAUAAAGGAGCUCAAGGCCUCGGUUGAGCAGAGUUUGGGCACCAAACCCUUCGAGAGCGCUCCAGAGCCUGUCAAGCCUCUACCAACUGAUGCCCCACCAGACCGGACCCCCACACCCACCAGCACAGAGGAUCUUACCCCUGGCAGUGUGGAGGAGGCAGAGGAGGCAGAACCUGAUGAAGAGUUCAAGGAUGCUAUUGAGGAGAACCAGCUGCUGGUCAUGGAGGAUGAUGAGGGCUCUCAGUGUUCAGCAGACUUUGACCUCAGCCUCCCAGACAACGGUUUUAUGAGCAAAAACGAUGUGAUCCGCAGCAAGGUGUCACGCCUGACUGAGCGCCUGCGCAAGCGCUACCCCAGCAACAAUUUUGGGAGCUGUACAGGUUGUGGAGCCACCUUUUCUGUGCUGAAGAAGAGGCGGAGCUGCAGUAACUGUGGAAACAGCUUCUGCUCUAGGUGUUGCUCCUUCAAAGUUCCCAAGGCUGUGAUGGGAGCCACGGCCCCAGAAGCUCAGAGAGAGACUGUGUUUGUGUGUGCUCAGUGCAACCAGAUGCUCAUCAAGUGACCGAAACAGCAUAUGGGGGCUGUGUUGCCUCAUGCCCAAGGACAGUGGGAGCCCUGCCCUUUCUCAGGGGAUUGUAGGCUGCUUGGUUCCCAGUGUGGUACUGUGCUGCCAGAGGACACAAGCACUUGCUGCUCCCCCUGCUAGUGCUCACUUGAGGGCAGACCCAGGUUCCUCGCCAUGCAGUGUGCUGCACUAGCUGUUUCCUACAGCAGAGCACUGCCCACAGCUGUGCCCCACUGCUGCAGCUGCCCUGCCAGCCUGGCAGCUGCUCGGGAGGCACUCCCUGCACUGACUGCAUUCUGCCCUGAGCUCACCUAGGGCCUGGCUCUGUGAUGGAGGAAUCAUCCUUCCUAUUUCUGCUCCUACCUCCACCUCCUGGGAGGUGCAGAGCAGCCUCAGGUCUCUCUCCCAACCUCCCUGAUGAGCACUGUGUGGGGAGACUUGUUUUUGGGAUCAACUCAGAGCUCUUCCCAGGAACUGUAGCCCUUGGUCUUGGCUCAGCUGAAACCCUGCUCAUCACUCCGUGGUUCCACUGUGUUCAUGUUUAGUUCCCCCCUUAUCCCCCAUAUUCAGCUGUAGCAUAGGAGGCAGACGGGUUUGGGCUGGGCUGUGUGAUUGGUCUGCAGCUGCAGCAAGAGAAGAGGCAUGAGUUGGUGCUGCUCUGUACUUAGUGACUGCUGCUUUCUAUUACAGAUUAAUAUAUAGAGAAUGGCCAAUAAACCUACUGCCCACAGCUGGCUCUUGUCUUCCCCUAGCAAAUGCUGUUCCAUCACCUGCUGCCUCUGUGGCCUUAGUUCCUCUGUCUCAUAUGUGGCUGUAUCUGCCACCUGGUUCUCUCGUUUACUGUGGUUUUCAUUGUGACACACAGUGGUCUUGUUUGCCCUGCACCCAGGGCUGUGUGGAGCUGCUCUGGGCCAGGGCCUGAUCAUACUGGGCCAGGAAUGAGGUUCAGCUGGGCUCACUCCUUGCCCUACCGAGGUGGUGGUCCUGGCAGCUGCCCACGCACACAAGGGUGACCUUUCCCUGCUGAACAGCAAAGCUCCCAGCUAUCCCAGGAAUGCGACUCUGGCUGCCAUGCAGCUGGGAGUGCCUGUGGCUGGGCCCCCUGCCAGCCAGCUGCAGUAGGGGGGAAGGAGGGGGGAUGCUGGAGCCCUUGGGCUGGGACACCCACUGCUCUAGGCAUGAUCUGGAUGGGGGCACUGGUCUCAAUGCUCCCCAUAAGCCUGAGACCUCCUCAUGGCUGUGGCCCCUGGACCCACCUCUUGAGUGAGCUCUGUCCUUGCGAAAUUUUGGGGAAAGCUGAACUCUGCAGAGAUGGGCAUGCCCACGUUGUGCUGGGUGUGCUCCAAAGGCACUGGAGUGGGGGAGGCAGUGUGCAGAGGGGCAGGAGGUUAUUUCAGCUCAUGGUGGGGGACAGGGAGAAGUUACUUGUCUUUCUUGAGAAAACACUUGGUGAGAUGGAUGCAAUGUCCAUGUACGUCUAAGUCCUCCUCAGAAAGAUGCUAAUGACGCAGAAUACAGAGGGCUACAGAUAAACACGGGCUGUGGGAGAUGGAGUUUUAUUUGUGUGUUUCGAGUUGUGCAGUAAAUGGUAUUAUUGAUGGCGUUUAUUCCAAUGGCAGUCUGCUUAGCAGCCUUGUUGGAAAAUGCCUUCUA